AAAGGGAAACCUUAUUUCUUAAUUAGUAUGCUUGCGUUCACUGCAAAUGCAGUUUCUCGGAAACCUAGAUUAGAUAGAAUUUGGGACAAGUGCCAGCUAGCUAUACAGUAAUGGUGGGGGAGAGGAGAUAAGUGAAGCCGCCUAGCCAUAGGGAGGAUGAAAUGGGUGAUGGUCUCAAAUCAAAAUGCAAGGGGAAAAUACGGCCUCUAAGCCUGGUCUGGUCUUAGGCCCAACCCAGUUGACUUGAAAUGAAGUAAAGGGCAUGAAGAGGAAAGUCGAGCUUUGAAAUAAAUCAAUUAUAAUUUUAUGCAAUUUUGUGUUGCUCGUGGAUCCCGACCGUAGAUGGAAACAAACGGGUGGCAUGCUUCUGCUUCUCGAUGCUCGCUCACCUUUUUUGGUGGUGAUCCCAUUUAGUAGAGCAGAGUAACCGAUAUUAAAUACAAAAAGAAAAUACAUCAUUUUCAUUCUUCUUGCUUGUUAAAAACAAAAAGAAACGAUUGUUCUUAUCCUGUGCUGGCCAUGUAAUAUAUAUAUAUAUAUAUAUAAUAAUGUCAAAUUUUGUAUACAACAACAACAUCUUUGGUCAAUUCAUGCAUGGGCCCACUCUUCUUGUUGUCUUGGGCUUUAGUAAGGCAACCGCCACCGCCCACUACCCUCCUCAAGGUCUAAACGCAACCCAGCUUUCUUUCCUUCAUUCUACUUCCAUUGUUUUCCAUAAAUUGAUCAGAAAUUAAUCCUAUUUUGAAUCGCCCGCCGCGCCUACGCCUAAGCCUAAGCCUAACUGCCUAAGGUUGAUAUACACACGAGAACAUUGGUUCACCCCGAUUUCUCAAAAUCACCAUCUUUGUUGAGCAGAGCAGUGCAGUGCAGUGCGUGGUAUUUGUUGAGCAGGGCUGUGUAAUGUAAGAGAAAUACAUUACAGGAUGGGGUGCACUUCGAGAUAGAUAGAGGAGGAGGAGAGGCGCUGAGUGAAAAAUGCAAAUAAAUAUACGCGUAAAGCUAAAGCCUCCCAACUUGAUAUAUAGGUUACCAGUAGCUAUUACUUCUUCCCAACCCCAUCCCCUAUUAAGGCCGCCUUCUUUUUCUUCUUCUUCUUCUUCGUCUUCUUCUUCUUCUUCUUUUUCAUCAUCAUACCAGCACCAGCUGCUCAGUUUUCGUUCCUUGGUUGUGGAUGCCCGAAUCCUUAAAACUGGUUUCCAUCUCGAUACAUGUCGCUCCAACUUCCGCCUCAACUAUUUGGUCAGAAGAGGUGAUUUUUCCGUCGCACGCCGUUUGUUCGAUCAAAUGCCUCACAAAAAUGUAGUCUCCACCAACUUGUUGAUUUCGUCUUAUGUGCGCUCCGGAAAUCUUUCCAGUGCCAGAGAGCUGUUUGAUCGCAUGCUUGAUCGUACGGUUGUUACUUGGACGAUAUUGAUCGGUGCUUACUCCCACCACAAUCUACCCAAGCAAGCCUUUCAACUUUACGCGGACAUGCACAGUUUGGGGACAGCCCCGGACUAUGUUACUUUCGCAGCCCUCCUAUCUGGGUGUGAUGAUUCAUUGGCACGCGAACAAGUUGCUCAAGUUCAUGCCCAUAUCGUCAAAUUUGGACAUGAUUCCGCCCUUGUGGUUUGCAACACCUUGGUUGAUUCUUAUUGCAAAUGCCAUUGUCUUGGUCUCGCCUUGGGCCUUUUCAAGGAAAUGCCAUCCAGAGAUUCUGUGACAUUUAAUGUCAUGAUAACAGGAUACGCUAAAGGUGGACUCAACAGAGAAGCCGUAGACCUGUUUGUAGAAAUGCAGAAGUUGGGUUUUAGGCCAACAGAUUUUACUUUUGCAGCGGUGCUAUGUAGUACCGUUGGCUUCGAUGAUGUUGCUCUUGGGGAACAAGUCCAUGCUUCUGUGCUCAAAAUGAAUUUUGUUUGUAAUGUGUUCGUGAGCAAUUCGUUGUUGGAUUUCUACUCAAAACAUGACCGCAUAAAUGAUGCAAGGAAACUCUUUGAUGAGAUGCCUGAGUUGGAUUGCAUCUCGUAUAAUGUCAUAAUCACAGGAUAUGCGUGGGAUGGCCAAUACAAACAAUCUCUUCAUCUCUUCCAUGAACUACAACAACUCACUCAGUUUGAUAGGAGACAAUUACCUUUUGCAACAAUUUUGAGCUUAGCGGCAAAUGCAGUCAAUCUUGAAAUGGGCAGGCAAGUUCAUUCACAAGCAAUUGUGACAGCAGCUAGUUCCGAAACUACGGUAGGUAAUUCACUGGUCGACAUGUAUGGAAAAUGUGGAGGAUUUGAGGAAGCCAAGGUAGUAUUUGACAAUCUGACCUACAAAAGCUCUGUUCCCUGGACAGCCAUGAUCUCAGCUUACGUUCUGAAUGGACUCUAUGAAGAAGCCGUUAAACUGUUCGCAUAUAUGCUUAGAGAUGAAGUAUGCGCCGACCAUGGCACAUUUGCUAGUCUCUUAAGAGCUUCAGCAAACUUGGCUUCACUUUCUCUAGGAAAGCAGCUGCACUCUUUGAUAAUCAGAUCAGGAUUCAUGUCCAAUGUAUUCUCUGGUAGUGCACUGCUGGACAUGUACGCAAAGUGUGGAUCCAUAAAGUAUGCCAUUCAAACUUUCCAAGAAAUGUCGGAGAGGAAUAUAAUCUCUUGGAACGCUUUGAUCUCAGCUUAUGCUCAAAAUGGGGAUGGUGAGGGCACCCUGAAGUCACUCAAACAGAUGGUUCAGUCGGGUCUCCGGCCAGAUUCAGUAAGCUUCCUCAGUGUGCUAGCUGCUUGCAGCCGCGGAGGCCUUGUUGAGGAAGGUUUACGGUAUUUCAAUUCCAUGACUCAAUUAUAUAAAAUUGUCCCAAAAAGAGAGCAUUAUGCGUCUGUGGUUGAUGUGUUGUGCCGAAGUGGACGAUUCAAAGAAGCAGAAAAGUUAAUGGUCCAAAUGCCAUUUGAACCUGAUGAGAUUAUGUGGUCAUCAAUUCUAAACUCUUGUAGAAUUCACAAAAAUGUAGAACUUGCUGAAAAAGCAGCGGAGAAACUAUUCAAGAUGGACCGGCUUAGAGAUGCUGCUCCUUAUGUAACUAUGUCUAAUAUAUAUGCAGCAGCAGGCCAGUGGGAAAAUGUUGGGAAGGUGAAGAAGGCCAUGAGGGAACGAAGAGUCAAAAAGGUGGCUGCAUAUAGUUGGGUUGAAAUUGAGCACAAGGUUCAUGCAUUCACUACAAAUGCUAGGACUCACCCUCGAAUAAAAGAGAUAAUGAGAAAGAUUGAUAUAUUGAUGCAGCGGAUGGAGGAAGAAGGGUACAAGCCUGACCUGGGUUGUGCCCUUCACAAUGUGGAUGAAAAAAUAAAGUUGGAGUCCCUUAAAAAUCAUAGCGAACGCUUAGCCAUUGCCUUCGCAUUAAUUAGCACCCCUGAGGGGUCACCCAUACUGGUAAUGAAGAACUUAAGGGCCUGUACAGAUUGCCAUGCUGCCAUCAAGAUUAUCUCAAAGAUUGUGUGUCGGGAAAUCACGGUAAGGGAUUCAAGCAGGUUCCAUCAUUUUAGAGAUGGCCUCUGCUCGUGUGGGGAUUAUUGGUGAUUUAAUGCACCACACGGGAACGUUUCUUUCCCUGGUAGCUUGCCAAAGAACUGGGUGUUAAAUCUGAUGUACAGUUCAAGCUACAAAAUACUAGACACUGAGAAACAGUUAAUGGUGCAUGCAAAAGGGGAAAGAUGGAGAGAUCGUACUAGAAGAAAGAUAACAUAGUUCCAACGGCUACAAAAUGAAAAGUGCAUUAGACCCAGUAGACCUUCAGGUGAAUAACUAAAUACAAGAAUGCCUACCCUACCUUUAUCAGCACACAUUUCAUGGAUUUUUCCUUUUCCCAGUAGACCUCUGUUUCAGAUACACAAGUAGUAAUGCUACUAGCCGACCUUCUGCAUUGAUGGGAGGAGAUCAUGCACACUUGGACGCAAUCUAUGUAUGGAAACAAGGUGACUACACUGAAAGUAAAGGAGGUCCUUAAUUCCAUGGGUUAAGAUUUAAAAAGAGGGUACAUCAAAUCUGUCAAACCCACACCAUUGCAUGAGAAUAUAUAUAUAUAUAAUUCUCCCAUUCUAAAAAUAACCCUCUUUCUCUACCUUCCAAUUGUAGGCCUCCCUUCUCUACCAUUCUCCCCCUUUCAUCUGCUCCUUGUAUAUCUUUCUUCCGUUCUCAUCUGCUCCUUUGCCGUUCACCUUCGCUCCUCCGCUGUUUGCCUCUACUCCUCCGCCGUUAGCCCCUGCUCCUUCGUCGUCCGCUUCCGCCGGUUUGUCUCCUUCCAUUCCAAAAAUAACCCUUUUUUCCCCUUUCCCUCCGAUCACUGCACCUUCGCCCCUGUACCUUAUGCUGCAGCUGCUUCGUCUGUGUCCUCUGCCCGCAGUUAUCCACUCCUUCGCCCGUUUGCCUCCGCUUGUCUCCUCUGCCCGCCUAUGCCCCCACUCCUUCGCUGGUGCCUUUAAUUCAGCUAGGGUUUCAGCAGAGUGUAAGACAUUUGAGUUGAGACGUAAAACAUGUUGUUGUUGUUGAGCCGGGAUCGGGAAGUUCUUGUAAUAGGUGCGUGCAAGUGUGUGUGUGUGUGUGUGUGUGUGAUGAACUUUGAUGAUAUAAUUACUUGGUUGGUCACAGUGAAGAUCUCAGUAAUUUUUGUUUAAACGGUUGCCAGUAGUGUGUUGUUGGACAUGUAUGUAUGUGCCACCAAUAAUAAUAAUAAUAAUAUAUAUUCCAGGAGGGGAUGGGGUUCCUGGUUACGUACUUGAUUCAAUGGGAUAAGUUGUUUUUGUAUUUGACUGUAGUUUAGGAUUUUGAUAUUGUUUUAUCACUUGGGUUUAUCUUUUAUUUUUGUUUAUAGAAUUUAUUAAUAUAUAAGUAUGUAAUUAGUUUAACCCACCCACCCUCUUGUAUGUAUGUAUAUAUAUAACUGCGCUAUGUCUGAAAACACAAAAACAAGGUAUCAAGCUGUUGUUUCAGUCUGGAUUAGUUCAGUUGCAAAAAUUAUAAUUAACUCUCAUCAAUCAUUUCUGAAAAUAAUAUUAAUUUGAACACUGUAAUAAAUAAAACACGUGUAUGUAUGUAUGUAUGUAGUAGCAGUACUGCACAAUGCAACUUGGCCGGCGAUUCAGGUACGUACCAUCCAUCCAUCACCUGAUAUUUUUGGUACGUUAUGUCGAAUAAUAAUAAUGUUUCUAUAAAACAUUUGAAACUUUCUUAUAGACGACAAGUGCGUGCGUGCGUGCGUGCGUAAUGAAUUUAAUUUCUAUGUCCGCAACACCUCGAUGAUCAAAACUAGGCAUUUUUGCUUCUAGUAGGGUAGGACCGGACCACCAAUCAGGUGCACCGGCCGGCCGGGCUUCUUCUUCACAAGGAUCUGAUUGUAGUCUAGUCUAGCUAGCUAGCCUCCUUGAAUUGUCUGCAAAUUCAUUCGGAUAUAUGUCGGAGUUCAUACAUAUAAUAAUAAUUACAUAAACUUGUAGAAUUGAGACAAAUUAAUUUUAUAAUAUAGGAAUAAAUAAUAUUAAUACAACAUUUGAUCGAUCGAUGUACUAGCUAGCUAGUGUAACGAGUCCAAUCUUAUUCUAUGUAGUAAAAAUAAUCAACAUGAUCAGGACGAACGGGCGACGACGUCUGUCAACUGUUAUGGAGAAAAAUCCACAUUUUUGUACUUGAAUUAUGGGAGGCAUUGGCCGCACAGCUAGCUAGCUAGCGUGUACAGGUGCAGGAAUUAUCAAAGCAGCGAUCGAGGACUGGACGCAGCAGCAGCAGCAGGAGGAAUUGAGCGCAUGGUCGACCGAGGAGGAGCGGAUCGGAGGAGAAAGCAAACGGCAGAAUGAAUGGGGAAGGCCAACGGUGGCGUGGAGUGGAGGAGCAUAUAUAUGAUAUGAGCAAGGAAGAAAGGUAGAGAAGGGAGGGUUAUUUUUGGAAGGAAUGGGACGGUUAUAAAUUAAUGUACGUUAAUUAAUUAGGUAAAGAAGGGAUUCUUCUACCAAAGCUAGAAGAAGAAUCCCUUUUCCUUCUCUCUCUCUCUCUCUCUCUCUGCAUCUUUAAUCAAUAAAAGUGUAUUAUAUUUAUGUAUAUGAAUAUGCUUAAAGCGUACGUACGUACGUACGUGUUGAUGGGCUGCUGUGCAGAAGGGAACUCAGCUAGCAAUUAAGUUUAUGCGCCCAACAAGUGUAGUGUUGGUUUCAUGUAUGGCACUUGAUUGUUGAAUUUACCAUUUUCGAAGAAGAUCCGAAAUAUUGCGGCAUCAGCAACUCAAAGUCCACUAUCGAUUCGAUCCUAUAUAUAUUCCCUUCAUGA